UGCCAGUCAGUCAGUCGGGUCGCGAAUGUCCGUUCUGCGGGCUGCGGGUGUUUUUCGUCUGUAUGAUACGCCACAGCUCGCGCGCGCGCUUCGAUUGCCCCAUAGUGCCGCAGAUAGUGUUCCGUGUGGCAGGGAGCUGCAGUUCAGUGUGCUGUGUUGAUAGUGAUCGGUUUUGCAUGCAAUAACGCCGAAUAAUAAAAGGCAGACGCGUUACUGGUCGCCAAAUGCAGCAGCACCGCCAUGAGCUCGAUCGUAACGCUGUGAUCGUGAAGGUGCCUCAAGAAGGUAAUGGUGUGGCCUCAUGCAGCAGAGGUGCAAAGAAAAUGCUUAAGCACCUUGUGAUUUACACGCCCGCAGGUCAAUAGCACCGAGUGAAAAAUCCACUGCCAUCCAUGCCACUUGUGUGUGUGUGUGUGAUCCGUGACAUUGCGUGAACGUGAACUUGAUCUUGAUGGGCAAAAUGUCGAUCGCGUAGGGUUCGCAGGGAACGUGCAUGUGAAAAAGAGACAACAUAGUUGUAGUUUGAUUUUUGAAGAAAACAUUUAAAAAAACACCCCUUUGAAGGUCGUUAAGAUUUGGUUGUGAACAGUUUUUUUUUUUUUCGAAACUACGGGACACGGCCAGACGGUGUCGGUUCAGCCCAGAACAAACGGUAACGCGUCUCUGGGACACGGAUGAAGGGGUGGGGAGGUGGGGGCAGGGUAUCGCUCGGUGUAUGUUGCGACGCAAAGCAGGAAAAGAGUAUGUCGCUUGUAAAAAUAAACCCCACCGGUCUGCCGGAUGGUCCGCCGUAAAACACAAUAACCGCACCGUGUGUUGUACAGACUAUGAGAGCAUCGCGCAGAGAGGGCAGGUUUUCCACCCCGCAGCAGAUAGUAUGCGACCGAGGCGGUUCGUGGCAGAGACCGUUUGAGAAGGAAAAUGAAGCGGUAAACGGUGAAGUACAUCUUCAUUACGCUGACUGCGCUUUUUUUGUUUUUUUUUUUUCGAUGAUCCGGUAACAACCUCUCUUCCUGCUUCCUGCGGCCAACUGUGUGCGAUCUGAAAGCGAAAGCAGCCCGUUGCUCCCUAUCGAACGAUCGUCGUGAUCGUUAGGAACCCUAGAUUUCCACCCCCCGGCAUCCCGGUCGAUGAUGACGACAUUCACUCGUGUCGGUAUGAUGAUGGUACCGUUGUUGUGGUUGUCUCGGUUGAAUUCGGGUGUAUUUUGGCAGCUCUGGCACCAGCACCAGCCGCGUGGUGUGAUUUUUGUUUUGUUUUUGGCACCAAGUGUUUGGCACCACCAUCACCACCACUACUACUAGCCACUACUACUAGGCGUACAUCAUCGAUGACGACAAUUGUAUCCUUUCAUGCACCGAUGUACAUGGGUGAACAAUGCAAUACAUCACGUGUGAAGCAGUGUGUAGCAGUCUAUAGAUUUGAGCUACAGGGCGUUCAAUAAGUGUAAAACGUUGUGUGCUUAAACGGACGACUAGUACGUGGACUUGCUGUGCGUUGCUUUCUCUCACAUAUCCUUCCGGGGUUAGUGUAAAGUGAAUUAGUGUCCUCCGAUUUCCCCUUUCACCACCAGCACACCAGAGCCUGCCACCUAAACACAAAAACCCAAACACACAUACACACACAGACAUACUGUUGUAGAAGACUGCAGUUGGAAUUAUAUGUAUGGUCGCUACACGAAGGAUCUAGGAGAAUACGCCAAAGAUGAAGCGCGAAGACUCAGGCUUCUUGAACGACGAAGAAAGAAAGAUGAUAAAGCAAGAAACAAGAUGGAAAUCGUUGCAGGAACUGUUGGACGUGCGGGACAACAAGUUCUUCAAGGCGGCAUCGUGGCUGUGGCGCAACACGUUCGCCCGGCUCGGCGAGGACUGGGUGUUCCUGGCGCUGCUCGGCAUCAUCAUGGCCCUGCUAUCCUACGUGAUGGAUAAAGGCAUCUCGAUGUGCACGAACUCACGCGUGUGGCUGUACCGCGAUCUCACGAACCAUCCGGUGCUGCAGUACCUCGCCUGGGUGUCGCUGCCCGUCUGUCUGAUCCUGUUUUCGGCCGGCUUCGUCCAUCUGGUCGCACCGCAGAGCAUCGGCUCGGGCAUACCGGAGAUGAAGACGAUACUGCGCGGCGUCGCGCUGAAGGAGUACCUCACGUUCAAGACGCUCGUCGCGAAGGUGAUCGGGCUGACGGCGACGCUCGGCAGCGGCAUGCCGCUCGGCAAGGAGGGCCCGUUUGUACAUAUAGCUAGUAUAGUGUCGCAGCUGCUAAGUAAGAUCAUCACAUCAUUCCAAUCGAUCUACGAGAACGAAUCGCGCAACACGGAGAUGCUGGCGGCGGCCUGUGCCGUCGGUGUCGGCGCCUGCUUCGCCGCCCCGAUCGGGGGCGUGCUGUUCAGCAUCGAGGUCACCACGACGUACUUUGCGGUGCGCAACUACUGGCGCGGCUUCUUUGCCGCGGUGUGCGGCGCGACCGUCUUCCGGCUGCUGGCCGUCUGGUUCCAGAAGGCGGACACGGUGACGGCCAUGUUUUCCACCAACUUCACGUCGGACUUUCCGUUCGACCCGCAGGAGCUGUUUGUGUUUGCGCUGAUCGGUCUCGUGUGUGGUCUAGGUGGCGCACUGUACGUAUGGGUCCAUCGGAAGUACGUGCUGUUUAUGCGAUCGAACAAAAAGAUGAACAAAUUUCUCCAGAAGAACCGUUUCCUGUAUCCCGGCAUUGUGGCGCUCAUAGUGGCCACGCUCUCAUUUCCGCUGGGCUUUGGAAAGUAUAUUGCCGGCGAGCUGAGCACACACGACCAGGUGCACCAGCUGUUCUCCAACUUUACCUGGACUAAGCACGAGCUCACGGUCGAGCAGGCAGCCGUCGUCUCGAACUGGCGCACCGCGGAGACGAACGUGUUUGCCAACCUUAUUAUUUAUUUGCUCUACACGUUCUUCAUGUCGAUCAUCGCGUCAACCAUUCCCGUGCCAUCCGGUAUGUUCAUACCAGUGUUCAAAAUCGGUGCCGCGUUCGGCCGGAUCAUCGGCGAAGCGAUGCACCUGUGGUUCCCGCACGGCGUCCGGUACGGCGGCAUGCUGGCCCCGAUCAUCCCGGGCGGCUACUCGGUGGUCGGGGCGGCCGCUUUCUCCGGCGCCGUCACACACACCGUAUCCGUCGGCGUGAUCGUGUUCGAGAUGACCGGCCAAAUCACGCACAUCGUGCCGGUCAUGAUAGCGGCCCUCAUCUCGAAUGCCGUCGCUGCCCUGCUCCAACCGUCCAUGUACGACAGCAUCAUACUCAUCAAAAAGCUACCCUACCUGCCCGAUCUGCUGCCGUCCGGGUCCGGCAUGUACAACAUCUAUGUGGAGGACUUUAUGGUGCGCGACGUGCGCUACAUCUGGAAGGGAAUCUCGUACCAGCAGCUGAAGGAGAUACUGAAGGCGAACAAGAGCCUGCGCAGCCUGCCGAUCGUCGACAGCCCGGACAACCGGACGCUGCUCGGCAGCGUGCAGCGCUACGAGCUGAUCAAAAUGAUCGACAAGCACAUUGGGCGCGAGAAGCGCCUCGAGGUCGCCGCCAAGCUGAUGAAGGAAGCGGAGGAGAAGGCCCGGGAGGAGCAGGAGCGCCAGAAGCGGGAAGCGGCCGAGGCGGCCAAGGCGCGCCGCCCCUCCCGGUUCGAGGUCGUGCCGGCGCCGGACAUACUGAAGCUGCGCGAGCGGGCGAACAAUGAGAUGCUGCCGCCGCAGGCCCGCCGCGAAUCGAACGCGUCGCUCACGAGCGGGCCCGUGUUUGGCGCGACGCAGCCGAAGAAAUCGAUUCUCAAGAAGACGAACUCGUUCACGCUGAAGGGCUUCAGCCCGCUGUCCCCGCACAGCCCCGUGCACACGCCGUACACGACGAUCACGGGCACGGAGAGCCGCAUCCGGUCCGCGUUCGACAUCAUCUUCCGCAAGUCGGCCACGCUGCAGGACGUGACGCCCGAUCCGGAGAUUGGGUCGAUCGGUACGCCCAGCAUUGUCGGGUCGGAGGUCGCCCCGCUCACGCCCGGCAUCUCGAAGAAGGUGCAGCUGCCGCGGGAGCGCGUGAUCGACAUGUCGCCCGAGGACCAGAAGGCCUGGGAGAUGGAGGAGAUGGCGAAGCCGAUCGAUGUCGGCAAUCUGCACAUCGAUCCGGCCCCGUUCCAGCUGGUCGAGCGCACGUCGAUCCUGAAGGUCCACUCGCUGUUCUCGAUGGUUGGCAUCAACCAUGCGUACGUAACGAACGUUGGCCGUCUGGUCGGUGUGGUCGCGCUGAAGGAGCUGCGAACGGCGAUCGAGAGCGUCAACAAUGGCACACUGACGCCGGAAACGGUGAAGGCCAAACAGGAGGAGGAAGCACGAGCACUUGCUCAGAAAGAAUCGGACAACAACAACGGCAUUUCGGCGGAAGAUCCUCUCCUGCCCAAGCGGCCCGGCGACACGUUCAGUGACAAAAAAGUAAAUAACACCAUCACCUCGAUGGACUCGGCACUGUCCAACUCGGACAACUGUUCCGACAUCGAGCUAGACAAUAUUAACAUUGAUCACGGUGACACUGCAGCUACCACUAAUGGCACCAUCACUACCACUACCACCAUCACGCCCAGCACCAAACACACCAACAACCAUUCCGGUUCACAACAGCAGUAAAAGGGGUGGCAGUGCUGGUGUUGGGUGCGAGCGGGUUGUUUAGUGGGUUGUUGGCAAGGUGUAAAACGGAACCAAACGGGGACCAAUUUACGAUCAAGCACUGCGCGUUCAACCGUUCUAGUACCACCAGCAUCUCAAUGCAAUCCUGCGUCAGCAACAAAAAAGACACUACGAUCACGACACAUCCAUACCCUCACACACACACCUACACACACCGAGGCACUCGGGAGAACAUAGUGCAAGGGCAAAGGAUCUCAUUAUGCCUAGCGAGGGUGUCGCUAAAACACCGAUCACCGACCAACAAAAAACAACAACUACCCAACACCUCACAUCAUAAAUCCACUGCGAACAGAAAAGGCUCGAAACUGAAUCGACGGAAAGGCAGACAGCGAAAACAUGGUGCCCGAUGCCGUCAAACCCAUAUCCCAACUGGCUCCGGUUGAACCGGAUGCACAAUAUUGCCGGGACAGGCGCUGGAGAUGUCAAUGUGAUUUUGUACUUUAAGUAAUAGUGACUUCUUCCAGCGCGUAUGUGGGUGUGUGCUGGGGUGUGUUUGUGUCCUUUAGUUAUUAAAUAAUUUAACACCGAGCUCCACGCAGCGGUACGGCCAAACGAGAUCGAUAGCGAUGUUGCGGUGUAACUAAACGGGUCCGUUGGGUGUGGGAUAAUCGAGAGCUUCGUUCACGGUACGAGCAACCAGGUACCAAUAAUUUCUGCCCCAUCGUGGUGGUCGUAGUGAUUUUAGUGCCAAAUUUUAAGCAAACACGAAACCCGUUCUAGUAGGAAAUGCCAGCCCGGAUCCCGGAUCUAGGCGGGAUCGGCAAACAACAAAUGUGCCUUAUUAACCUCCUUUUCCGCUGAUCAGGUAGUCACAGAGAGUCAGUCAGCGUAGAUGGUUAUGUUAGCGAUAGUGUAAGCUUGUUAUGUUGUCGCUGGUUUUUUUUUCUUCCUGUAUCUUGUUUCGUUUCGUAUUUUAAACACUGAAAAAGGAAAGCGCAAAUGGUAAAUUAUUUUUCGCUCCGUUCGUAGAACUGACCGGCAGACAGAACAGAGCGUGUCUGGUACGCGCGCUGGGCACAGCAAGAUUGGUCGGUGCGUGGCGCGACCGGAACCAGGAAACUCUCCUGCCUGUGUUGUGAAUGAGGGUAGUUUUUAAACUCUAGCAACGUAAGACAGAAAGCUGUAUAAAGAUGAUCAAAAUAAAAGACGUAUAGUUUAUGAAUUAUUUAAAUUAAAAAAA